UUUUAAAUUGAAUAUAUAUAGCAAUGGCUACAAUAUUAGAAGAGCGAUUUGUAGAGAUUGAUGAUAACUGCUCAUUACUAGUUCCAACAUGGUCAUUCGGUGAAACAUCACUCGGACUUGCUGUUGUAAUAGCAUCUUAUCUGGUUCUAAUUUUAAAAAUACUACCAUAUUUCAUGAGAAAUAGAUCUGCAUAUCAGCUGAAUCAGAUACUUAUUUUGUACAAUGCCUUUCAAGUAGCGUUUUCGGCUUAUGCAGUAUUCCUUUAUACAAGAUACAUAUUCAAACAUGGUGUUAUAACAACAAGAUGCCCGAAAGGUGAUGAUUUAAAAUCAGUGAUCACAGAAAUUUGGCCCUAUUUUGUAGCAAAACAUGUAGAUCUUCUAGAUACAGUAUUUUUUGUUCUCCGUAAGAAAGAUAAUCAAGUGACUUUUCUCCACGUCUUACACCACACACUCAUGGUUACUUGGACAUGGUUCCAUCUUAUGUACCAUCCCUCAGACCAUUUCGUUGUGGUAGGACUUAUUAAUAGUUUUGUACAUGUGUUGAUGUAUACUUACUACGGAUUAUCGUCUUUGGGACCAAAGUACGCAAAGUUUAUGUGGUGGAAAAAACAUUUGACCAAAGUUCAGUUGAUCCAAUUCAUUUUAGUGCUCUUGAACCUGCAUUACCAGCAGAAGCUGUCACCGUGUCCCAUUCCUUCCUUGUUCCACUACUUUUGCUUGUUCAGUAUAAGCUCAUUCUUCUUUCUCUUCAUGAAAUUUUACUUCAGGAGCUAUGUAACUAGAAGAGAGAAAAAUAUUAUGGAGCAGAACAUUGGUAAUAUUGGAUGCAAUAUAGAAGUGGACAAAACCAAAUAACUUCCUACGAGUGCAGUAGUUUAUAUCGUUGUGAUUGUCAAAUAAUAAAACUUCAAGAAACUAAGAAAAA